GUCCAGUCCAGUGGGAGAAGAGACACUCUGCUUGUCAGACCUGACAUACGCUAAACUCACCCACCUCCAUCAUGGUGUAUCCAGGUGUGCUGAUUGGACUCUUCCUGUUCUCUCUGAUCUCCUCUGGGGUAUCAGCAGAGGAAGUGGAUCAGAACACUCUUGCUAAAAUCAUUCAAUUCAUUAACACCAACUAUCAACCACCUGGACAGACUGACAGCGGUGAUGGUGUCCAGUAUGCUGUGGCUAUCAAUGUCCCGAAAGAAAAGUGUGGGCCCGGAUUCAGUGAGGGCGGCUUCCUUAGUGUAGAUAGCGCAAAAACGGUCAAGGAGGCCCUCGAAAACCACAAUCUCUACCAGGGAACACAGCUGGUCGCUGCCACACCAAAAGGCGAAAAAACAACCGCAGUCCACUCAGAGCGUGCCUUACUCAUGUGCGAGGCCAGCAGCGAUGCUGUUACUCCUGUGCAGAACCUGCUGAAUAAGGACCAAAAUGGCUGUGUGGUGUUCUACACCUACAACUCUCCGUGUCUGGACUUCUGCCUGAACCAAGCAAAGGACGACAACGAACAGAACCGGGAGAAUAAACAGAAUGAAAGGAACCAAAAAAAAAAUAUAGAGUCUACUGCCGCCCCCGCUGUGAAGAAGUGCAUAUUGAAAUCUCUCAGUGUGCUGACCAAUCACGUUGGUCCCAAGGCCUUUGUGUUCAGUAGGGUCUACAGGAAAGACGAAAACAAGCCCACACUGAAAGCUGCCCUGAAGGUGGUUGCUGAGCAGGUCCCCCUCUACAAGUGUGAUGCAGGCUCCUGUGUCAAGUGCCUGAGCGACGGUGAGAUUAUCAGUCAAUGUCUGUCCUGAGACAGAAACAUUAC